AUGAAAUUUACACCUGGUUCAACAACGGGAACGGUCAUUUAUACUGGUAGUGGCGCUACUACGGGUCUUUAUGUUAUUAGUGAUGGAACGUUAUAUUUUGCUGACCUUGAUAAUUCUGUUGUACGCAAAUCCAUUAAUGCAACAGGAAAUGGUAUAAUUGUUGCCGGUGUAGAAGAUGUGCCUGCUGGCGCACCAGAUCACUUUAAUUAUCCGUACGGUGUAUAUGCUGAAAAUAGUGGCACAUUUUAUGUUGCAGACGCAGUAAAUAAUGUAGUUUUAAAAUUUUUCUCCAAUUCAACCAGCGGAACUAAUGGAACUAUUGUUGCAGGUAAAAUAAUAUACCACUUUAACGAUUCAUUCUGCGGGCAUAAGAUGUGAUCGAGGAGAAAAAAGUUUCCCUUCGUUCCAGAAAACCACACCUAACAUAAUCCUUAUAUAAUUAUCAGCAAAAAAAUAAAAGUCGAUAUUUUACAUUUUCUGUAACUGAAUUAUUAAAAAGGUGGUAUUUCAGUCGCCGUUUUUCUAUUGUUGUUUGAUCGGAAACGUGAAAAAUUGAACGAUUGUGCAAUAUAAGUAACGAGAAAACCUCUCCAGAUAUCCAACUCCGAUUUCAAUGAUCAUUUAUUUAUAAAUAUUAUAUAGAGUCCUGGUAAGAACCCUAAAAGGAUUUGAGUUCAUGUUGCUUCUUUCAAAGGUUAUGAAUGUUUUUAUUUUGUCCAUACAUCAUAUAACGUAAAUUAUUAAAAAUUUUAUAACUCGAUGAAAACACGGUAUGAAAGGCUGAACAUUCUUUUUGUACUAAAUGUCUAUUAUAAUCACAGAAAAUUUCGGGCUUCCAUCAUUAUUCCUUGCUAAGUUAUAAAAUUCUUUUUAUCUGUUUACACAAAAUAUUUGUUCAACGCCUUAUAGGCAAAAACAAAUUUAAAAAAAGUGUCUUAGGUGGGAGGCCUCUGCGCGGCGGAUGGGCGACAACGUUUUCUCUGAUGAUGUUGUUCAUCAGAAUGAACGGCCAACCAGCCCAGCAACCCAAACUGUCUUUGUUCAAAAAAUUUAUUGACAUAUAGUUUUUAUCGCUUUUCCUUAAGAACGGAAAAGUUUUAUAACUUAGGAAGAAAUAGUGAUGAAAUGCCGAAAUUUUCUGUGAUUAUAAUAGACAUUU